UCUCCUUAUCUACCUCCCUGUCCAGCGUUGGCGUCCGCUUUUUGGCUUUUGCGUCCAAGCGUGGUGGAUUCCACCCCCAGCAUCUGCCCCAGGUGUCCAGCAGAUCCAGAAUUUCUGCAGAAAAUUCGGCUACAGAUCAUGUGGUUGAAACGACCGACUCGAGAUUUAUACAAAUCCUACCUGACUCGUAUGGACCUGCAGGAUGAUCUGCGCAAGUUUUGCGAGAUGCCCGUCGCUUGGCUGCCCGGUAGAAAUAUCACAAAGGAACCGGAGAGGCUCCUGUUGCAAGAACUCUACGCGGCUGUGGUCCGUAUGAAGGGGGCUCUGAAGGCCUUGGAAAACCAGCUCGUGGAUGAAGAGAAGCCGUUGCCCCACCAGCUGGCCACCGUUUCCCUCUGGCUCACCGGCCUCCUUUCCAACAUCCAGUGUGCCCAGUGCCAGAGGGGCCUUCGGCCAGUCCCUGUCACGCCUUCGGAAAAGAGCCAAGACUCUUCGUCCUUCGCGCAAAAGAUAGAAGGUUGCCAGGUCCUUUGGAAUCUCUCCAGGUUCAUCAAGGGGUUAGCUAAGGUUUUCCAAAAGCAGAGCGUGAAAAGCAAAAGACCGGAGAGGCAGAAAAAGAAGAAGGGGAAAACGAAUGAUUCCUCGGUAGUGAUCCUGUAGAUCUUUCUUUGGGAUCCGUUUGAAAGGAUGAGGCGUGCACCACCUCCAGAAUUUGGAUCCUGUCCUCCGGAGAGUCGGGAAAAGGAAGAGGCGGAAUGUUUUCAAGGCAGAAAUUUGGGUCUGGAGCCCGACUGUCUGUGGAGAUUCUCAAUCAUCCAAAUCUUGUUUCAAAGGUUCUUUUUUUCCAAAGGCAACUGGACUUCGUUUUUCCUUGAGGAAAAAAAAGAAGAAGAUGUUUCCCUUCUCAUCCAAGAAGCUUCAUCGGUUCUGGCAGGAGUUUGGGGCGGGGGUGAUGGAAAGGUCGUGCUUCUUUGCAGUCAUCGGGACAUUAGUGCUCUCCCUGAGAGCUCUGUCUUGAGCCCACAUUUCUGAUCCGCUUUUCAAUCCAGAUUAGCAGCUUCGUCCCCUGUUCCUUGCUUACCGCCCAACAGACUCAAGGCUACGCCAUUGACAAAUGGAAUUUGGGCUAAACAGGGAAGGAAUAGAGAAGGAUUGGAAAUGCAGGUAGUCCUCAUUUAGCAACCGUUCAAAGAUACAAUAGCAAUGAAGAAAGAGACUUAUGACUGCUCCUUGGACUUAUGACUUUUGCGGCAUCCCCACGCUCACAGGAGCAAAAUUUUGGCCCCUUGAAACCAUCAUGUACUGAUGGUGUUGGUUGCAUCCUAUGUGGUAGCAUCACCAUUUGCAACCUCCCCAGAUGGCUUAAAUGUAAUUAAACAUUUAUUAUUUAUUGGUUCGAUUUAUAUGCCGCCCUUCUCCGGAGACUCAGGGCGGCUUACAAUGCGUUAAGCAAUAGCCUUCAUACUUUUUUGUAUAUACCUGCUUAGUAGGGCUUUCGGCCUCCCCUAAGCGGUGUUCUUUUUAUACAAAGUCAACUUAUUGCCCCCACAAUCCGGGUCCUCAUUUUACCUACCUCGGAAGGAUGGAAGGCUGAGUCAAUCUCUCUCUUAACUAAGUUAGAGAGAGAUCCAAGCUAGAAUUAAGGAGAAAUUUCCUGACUGAGAAAAAGAUGAAUCAAUGGAACUUCUGGCUUUGCCUCCAGAAGUUGCAGGUGCUUCACAUCACUGGAGGCCUCCAAGAAAAAUUGGACGCUGUUUCUCUGGAAUGGUAUAGGUUCUCCUGCCUUGAGCAGGUGGUUGGACUAGAGGACCUCUAAGGUCCCUUCCCACUGGGAUUCUACGAUCUAUGUUUCGUUCUCAUAGCAAUUGAAAAGCUAUGAAAGUUGGAUUCAGGACUCAGCACUUUAACCGCUAACAUUUAGGGAACCCUGGACAAAGCAAACUCCGCCCCCCGUGACGUCACUGUACAAGCCCCUCCUUCAUAAUCCUUACCUCCAGAGGGAGGGGCCACAAGGGACUUAUAUUGAAAGCACAUCUUCUUCCUUGCUUGCCAGCAAAAAAAUAGACCAGCUUAUCCAGCUGGUUUAUUUUGUUACUGGGAAUCGCCUGAUUUUUUGCCCCCAAGAAGAAUUAGUGCAGUUUUUUAAUUCAUUUUUUAAUUAAAAAGGAAAAAAAAUAUAUCUAGGACUCAAGUCAUGUCCGUUGAUUUCCAAGGUUAUCCCAGGGUGGCCGAAAAAUAGUUUUCAGUAAGGAACCUGAGCGUUUUUCCCCAGUGAUUCAGUAACGAAUGAUCCUGCCUGACUAAACCACUCGAUGCUACAGAACUCACAAUGAUCCACAGCUGGAUUGUACACAUGUGAGUUUUUUCACCAUUUGCAAAGACAUUUGCAAAGACAACUCUGUUCCUGUUACAACUCUCACGUCUAAGGAUAAAUCCCCUCUUUGGAGACGCUCAGAGAAACCUGGAAAAAUUAAGGGGAGGCAUCCUUCCUGUUCCGCAGUCCACAAAUUGGGUGGGUCAUUUCGAAAGUCCAUUCGUACCCAGCUGUUUUCUGAGACGUGUAAAUAAUAUGAUUUCAUUAUUUAUUGAACUUUAUAGAUCCUCGUGCCUAAAAGCCUAUUUAAAAUGUUGCAAUUGGUAUUUAUAUGAAGGAUGUUUGUGUUUUGUUGGGGUCUGUGUGUGUG